GCCUGCUCCGCCCGCACGGCACGGCUCGGCCCGGCCCGGCCCGGCCCGGCUCGGCUCGGCUCGGCACGGCACGGCCCGCUUGCCUCGACCCGCUCGGCCCCCGCCCGGCCUUUUGCGUCAAAGAUGGCGGGUGGCGUGGACGGCCCCAUAGGGAUCCCGUUCCCCGAUCACAGCAGCGACAUCCUUAGCAGCCUGAAUGAGCAGAGAAACAAUGGGCUGUUGUGUGACGUGGUCAUCUUGGUGGAAGGCCAGGAGUUCCCCACCCACCGCUCCGUCCUGGCAGCGUGCAGCCAGUACUUCAAGAAGCUCUUCACCUCAGGGUUAGUGGUGGACCAGCAAAACGUGUAUGAGAUAGACUUUGUUAGUGCGGACGCCUUGUCGGCUCUGCUGGAGUUCGCUUACACCGCGACCCUUACCGUCAGCACUUCAAACGUCAAUGACAUCCUCAAUGCCGCCAAACUACUGGAGAUCCCAGCGGUAAGGGAUGUUUGCACGGAUCUCCUGGACAGGAAGAUUCUGGCCAAAAAUGACCAGAUGGAUACAGUAGAUCAAAUUGAUCAAAGGAACCAUCUCAGAGCAAAAGAGUACCUGGAGUUCUUCCAGAGCAACCCAGUCAAUGGCCACCAAGGCAGCUUUCCGUGGACCAACCAAGAGUUGAGAGACCUUCAGAGACUGAACUUCCGAGGCCAAGAGGAAGAGGAGGAGCCAGACUGCAAUGGCAUGGACUUCUACUCGCAAGCCCCCCUAAACGAAAGACCAAAGGUGAAUGACUGUGAUCCCGACAGCAACCCAGCCAUGUGGUUGGACAGAGAAGAGGAGGAGGCCCCUGGAUCCUUAUUUUCACCUUCUCAGAAUGGACAUUACAGUGGCCGUGGCCUGCAGACACCAGGAGAAGAGGAGGCGACUCCAGGGGGUCCUUUGGACCAGCAGGAAGCUGGCGACUCACCCAGCUUCGCUCCUGCUGGAGCAGAGACAGAGGACACUGAUGCAAGGGAGGUGGAUGGCUUGGCUGCUAGCGCCCUGCUGCAGCAAAUGAUUAGCUCCGUGGGGAGACAACAGCUAGGGGAGGACGACCGAAAGGAAGACGAUGGGGUCAUGGAUUAUUACUUGAAAUACUUCGGCAGUUCGAACGAGAGCGACGUGUAUCCGUCCUGGUCCCAGAAGGUCGAGAAGAAGAUCAGAGCGAAAGCAUUCCAAAAGUGCCCCAUCUGCGAGAAGGUGAUCCAGGGGGCUGGCAAGCUGCCGCGCCACAUCCGCACCCACACUGGCGAGAAGCCAUACGAGUGCAACAUCUGCAAAGUCCGAUUCACCAGGCAGGACAAGCUGAAGGUUCACAUGAGGAAACACACAGGGGAGAAACCAUACUUGUGCCAGCAGUGCGGAGCCGCUUUUGCUCACAACUACGACUUGAAGAACCACAUGCGCGUUCACACCGGCCUGCGGCCCUAUCAGUGUGACAGCUGUUUCAAGACUUUCGUCCGAUCUGACCACUUGCACCGGCACCUUAAAAAAGAUGGUUGCAACGGCAUCCCAUCCAGGAGGGGCCGCAAGCCCCGGGUGAGGGAGGCAGGGGGCCUGCCUACCCCACCGGGGAGCGCCGAAGACGGGAGCUUUCCAGCCGGCGCGGAGAGUCAGGAGUCAGAGGACACCGUGGAGAGAAACGGCCAAGAGCAGCACUUUGAAGAUAGUUCUAAUAAUGAAGCGUCGAGAUUGAAUGUAGCAGGAGGGUCGUCUGAGGGUAACACGCAAGGACUCUCCUAAACCAAAAACAAACAAAACAAAGUGUCACAAAAUCUAGUUAGUACUUUUCCUCCAAUUUUCUCUUUAAAGAUGUUUCUCUCCCUUUUUUUAAGAAAAAGAAAUAUAUAUAUAUAUUAUGUUUCCAAUCUUCCCAUCGUAACUAGGGCUCCUCUGAGGAUCCCUCAGUAGCCAAGGACCUUUUCUUUGAAAGGCAGUUGCUAGGAAGCAUGGGGUGGGGAUGGAAAGUGGCUCUGUCGCAUGGAAAGGAGCUUCCAUGUAAAUCCAAAGCUUUAUUUUGUGUCCAGACACACGUUAAAAAAAAGAGAAAAAAAGAAAAAUAAUAAUAUUUCAGAGAGAUAUCUAUUUAAAAAAAAAAAAAGCAAAAAUAGAAAAAAAAAUGGUAGGAGUUGAAGGGCUCUUUCAGGGCGGGCGGUACAUGUGGUGCCUCAGAGGACUGGCCUGGGAAGGACCAGGUGCAGCAUUUUCCCCUCCGUCCUUGCAGAAUUACAGCUCCAGCAGCAUGAGACGCUCAGUCAUUGGUGCAUCCUGGGGUUGAGCUGAGUUUUUCCAGCACACUGGACAGAUUGGUUUCAUUUUGGGGUAGGGAUGGGCCCUUAAGAGCUAGUCCAGGUGCCAAACCGGCUCUUGGUGGCGAGAGGGGAGCUGGAGGUAGAGCUCGUAGAAAAUUGCCGAAUCAUGUGAGUGGACAAACAGGAUUUUGCAGGGUUGCUCAGCAUCAGGCAUGAAACACCCAGGCAGGAACCCGCGGCUCAUGUUGUCGGCUUAACCGGGACUCCUGAGUUCAUAGGCCAGCUCUGAUGCUAAAUCAGCAUGUGUGCCCUUGGGUCGAAAUAAUUUCUCUUCUGCAGGUUCAGCUUUCUGGGCUGUAAAAUGAGGCUGUGUUUGCAGGCGGCUUUGGAGAUCGGGCGAGUCUCUGGCGCUAUAGAAAUGUGACCUAGUCUCCUUGGCAGGCAGAUAAAGCAGUGCAAGGUUUUCUGGGUCGAGACCUUAAAAUGGUCUUUUCUGUACAGGGAUCUCUAAAUCCCCCCCCCCCCCAAAAAAAAAGGAUUUUUGGGAUUUUUGUCUAGUCUUUAAUCUAAAGUUUGGUUUUCCUACCAGCUGGCUGUCGCCUCCGGGUCCCCCCUGCUCCGCUCCAGCCAGGCUCGGAGGAGGGAGCGCGCGGCAGCGCCGAAGUCAAACAACACCCCCCCACCACCAUCACCACCACCAAUGCCCCCAUCCCCUCCCCAGCGCCCAGAAACCCUCAGGGAUCAGUGCUCGGAUGGCGGGUGAUCCAAGCAGGCCUUAAGCAGGGCGGUUCAGCCUCGCUCGCGGGGCCGGUUCCCGCCGGGCGCCCCCGCCGGGGUGGGGGCAGCGUGGGGUGGGAGUGUGUUUGUGGGGGGGCAACACUUGCAGCCCUCCCUGCCCGGCAGCACCAGGUCCUCCCUCUGCACCCAUCCCCGUGGCUUGGGACAGGGGAUAACCCCCCCCUUUCCCGAGCUUCUAGGCACUUGAUAAGAGAGCAGUGCUCCCACAUGCCUGAAAAAGCGCCUAAAAAUGGCAGAUUCCCCCUUUUUUUUUUUAAGGGAAAAAAAAAAAAAAGGUUAUUUGAGGUCUCCCUUAAAGGGGAAGGAGGCCUCCGGCAGGGAGAGCAGGAAGGGCAGAACGGAGCGGUCCGGCUGUGAGCCGGGGGGAUGCCGGGGGCUGCGGCCACACGGGCGCUGCGUUAUUUAGCAGGCUUGCUGGCACUGGAAGCCCCCGCUGCCGGGGGCCUGCUGCCUCCUCCUCCUCUUCCUCCUCCUCCUUCGCCAGCUGCGAGGAAGAGCGGCGCCUGGCAGCCGCUUUCCGUACCAAAAUAUAUAUAUAUAUAUAUAUAUAUAUUUGCCGUGGGAGCAACGGGCUGGGAGCGAGCGGCCGGACCCCACUGGGGCUUGGCCCCUGCUGCUGCGGCGCCCGCGGGGCCGUUGGAGGCUGCUUUGGCAGC